UGGCUCUUGAGAAGCGUGUUUUUACAACGAAGCGAAGUAAAGUUGCGCGUUAGGUCAGGUAACAGUUUGGCUUGGUUGUGUGUUGAAUUUGAGAUUUGUACUAUAAUUUUAAUAAUUAUUGUGAAUUCUCUUUGUCCUGAUGGAAGGUGAAUAGAUAUAUUUUUAUUUUUAAUACUGUCACUUUCACACUCGGUUGACCUACAUUUCUUUAAUUGAGUCGUAUCAAUUAUUUUCAGCAUUUUAUUUGUUUAAAUGAAAUGAGUUUACUCAUAAGUUCAGUGCAAAAAACUGGGAAUGCUGAUUCAAGCAGACGGGAUUCUUCAAAAAUGUCUCCAUCAGUGGAAAAUCAUGAAGUCACGGAAGAGCAACUUCUUCAGAAAGAGUUCAUCACUCCGGAAGAUGUGUUAUCACUUCCAAAAAUAACUGAAGAAUACCUGUGCUUACCUGAAGCAAACAUCUAUGAUAUCGACUUCGUGAGGUUCAAGAUCAGGGACUGGGAGUCCGGAACAGUUCUCUUUGAGAUCGCUAAGCCAACCGUGCCUCCAGAACCAGAUGAGAGUGAGCAUGAAUCGGAGGAAGAGGACCCAGAUCCAAACGCGGGAAGAUUUGUUCGCUACCAAUUUACUCCACAGUUUUUGCGACUCAAAACAAUUGGUGCUACAGUGGAAUUCACUGUUGGGAACAAACCACUGAACAAGUUCCGAAUGAUCGAACGCCACUUCUUUCGGGAUACCCUUCUAAAGACCUUUGACUUUGAUUUUGGUUUCUGUAUCCCGAACAGCAAAAAUGUAGUGGAGCAUAUCUACACAUUCCCCACUCUCUCCGCAGAAUUGGUGGAUGAAAUGUUGGCACAUCCAUUCGAGACCCGGUCAGACAGCUUCUACUUCGUCGAUGACAGACUCAUUAUGCAUAACAAGGCUGAUUAUUCUUAUGACGGAGGGGAAUACAACGCCCUGUAAAGUGUCAUAUGUAUUUUAUACUUUUAUUGUUUUAUUUGUUCCUUGUUUAGAUAGCACAAAUUUUUAUUAUGAUGUUAAUGUAUUUUAAAUGAUCUCUUUUUAACGUAAAUAUUUUUUAAUGUUAACUUGAAAUAAUGGGUGUGCGAAUAGUGAAAUUUGAAAUCGAAUAGUUUUUUAAUGCAAUUAAUUAAUAGUAGUUGAAGUACCUAUGUCUCCAUCAUGAAUUUUAGGAGUACAACUCCAAUAACUAUAAAGAUAACUGUUCCCCUUAUUUUGUUUGUGAUAUCCUCAAAACUGUAAGCAUUAUAGUGAGCAAUAUUUUAUAGAUAAGUUUACCAAUGUGGUAUCUACAAUACAUAAAAAUUUAUGAAUUAGUGUUACACCUCUUUAAGUCUCCAAAUUUACAUCUCGAAUUCAAAGACCAUUGUUGGUGCAUUUUAGUUAUAGAGA